AUGGCGGCCGAACAGAGAAAGCUGCUCGAGCAGCUCAUGGGAGCGGACCAGCUGAUAGGAACCGGCGCGGCCUCGCGCAAUGCCCAGCUCUCCAUCACGGACUCGAAAGUCUGUCGCUCGUACCUCGUGGGGACCUGUCCGCAUGAUCUCUUCACCAACACCAAGCAAGACCUGGGCCCGUGCCCGAAAGUGCACAGCGAAGGAUUGAAGACCGAGUAUGAGACGGCCUCGGCGGCGGAGAAGGCGAAAUGGGGGUUCGACUAUGACUACAUGCGCGAUAUGCAGAAAUACAUCGACGACUGUGAUCGGAGGAUCGACUCGGCGCAGCGCCGAUUGGAGAAGACGCCGGAUGAAAUUCGACAGACUAAUAAUCUGCUCAAACAAAUAUCCGACCUCGCGAAGACGAUAAACACCGGGUUGCUGGAAGUCUCUGUCCUGGGCGAAACGGGCUCCGUCGCGCAGGCGCUCAACGAACUCCACAAGAUCCGCACCACCAAGCACCAGAAGGAGACCUGCGAGCGAGAACUCAAAAACCUCCAGGAUACGUCCGGCCCGUCGGGCCAUCAGAAACUGCAGGUCUGCGAUGUCUGCGGCGCGUACCUCAGUCGACUCGAUAACGACCGUCGGUUAGCGGAUCAUUUCUUCGGCAAGAUGCACAUGGGCUACUCGGAUAUGCGCAAGGGGUUCAAAAAGCUCAGCGAGGAGCUCAAGGGACGACCGCCCCCGGUUCGCCACCACGAUGAGGACGACGGCGGUUGGGGUGGACGUUCUGGUGGUGGAAGAGGACCCCGAUAUGGUGGCGGUGGAGGAUACAAGAAGCGUGGUGGACGGUGGUAA